CAACACUUCCCACUUCCGGAAAUCUCGGGGGGCAAAAAGAAGAGAGGAGAGAAAAACUUCCCAGUUCGUCAGACGACAAAAACAACGAGUUGCUGAGGAGUUUUCUGGUGGUUUGGAGUCGUUUUUACCUCGAUGGAGGCCGAGGGAUCGCUGUGCCGGGCUCUGUACGACUUCGUGCCGGAGCCAGGCGAGCAGGGGCUGGCUUUCGAGGCCGGGGCCUGGGUCCGCGUGCUACAGACGGCGGAGGACGGGUGGUGGGAGGGCGAGAGGGACGGCGGCGUCCGCGGAUGGUUCCCCGCUACCUACGUUGAACUUGUGGACGAGAGCCAGACUGAGAUCCAGUAUGAUGACUCUCAGCCAAUCAGAAGCCCGUCGCCCGGGCAACCACAGGAGCCCCUCCCUCCCGGCUGGCAGGUGUUCAUGUCCCCUGAUGGAAGACCGUACUAUGUCAACAGACAAACCAGUGAAACGUCAUGGGACGCCCCUGUCAUGCCAGGGUCCCCACUCCCAGUUACACCAACAACGCCGACCAAGAAACAAGGGUAUGACGUGAUUGAAACUGAUGGAGGGCAGAAGACACCAGAGAAAAGUCCUGACCAUGAAGACAAGAUUCUUCAGUCGCCCAAGAAAGUGCUGAAUAAUUCCACGCCAUCCUCUGCCAAACUAUCGAAGGACGCUCCGAAGACAGACAGUACACCAAACAUCAAGUCUCCAGAAACAAAAUCUACUGAUCAGAACAAUGUGGUAAACCAUCUAACAUUCCCGCCUAGUUCCAGUGCUUCGGAUCAGAAACUCCUAAAGCCUGGAGAGUACAGCUACUGCGACUACUUCUGGGCUGACAAGGGGAACCUUCCUGGCUUCCAUGUCCUUCUAGAAAAACAGCUUCAAGGCAAACAGAUGACCAAAGAAAUGGCAGAGUACUUCACUGAAAGGGCAGCCGCAGAAGAAGCAUAUGCCAGAACUCUGACAAGAUUGUCUCAAAACUUGUUGGCUUCUCAAGAAGAAGGAACUCUGGGAGAUACGUGGAGUGAAGUGAAGAAGAGUAUUGCACAAGAAGCAGAGGUUCACCACAGAUUCUCAGUAAAGGUUCAAGAUGAAAUAGUAAAACCUCUUGCAACAUUCAGGGAAACCUUCAAGAAAGACAUGAAAAAGACUGUCAGAAACGCCCAGACAUUUGAGAAGAAAUUGCGUACAACAGAACAACACGUUGCCGACCACAGAAAGCAGAUCCAGCAAAAGUACCAAGGAAUCAACAAGGCUAAGGCAGCCCUGGCUGAAAGACAAAAGGAACUAGACCAGAAACUACAAAAGCACAAGACUGAGGACGAACUGAAGAAAGCCAGAAGAAAGUCCACGGCAGCAGGAGACAACCUUCUUAAGUCAGUGGAGCAGUACAACAUCUCUCAGUCCAAGUGGUUCGAAGAAAUGGUUUCCUCUACCUUGGAGCUGGAGAGACUUGAGGGUGAGCGAGUGCAGAUGGUGAAGGAACAGCUGAACAAAUAUAUCUCCCUGAGGAAGGAUGUAGACAAGGAAAGGGGCAAGGUUUUGUGUUCCAUUGAGGACAAGAUCGCCGAUAUCAGUCCUGACAAAGAUCGCGAACGGUUCGUGAAGGCGCACGGAACCGGUCAAGUCCGAACUGUGGACUACAAGCUAGCCUAGGUCAAGUUCAAGUCUCUGAGUGUUACAUCUUCUUACACAGGGCUCGAAAUACUUUUUCUGCAUACCUGCACUGGUGCAGGUAACAAUGAAAAUUACCUGCACACACCAGACAAAUUUUACCUG